AUGCCGUCGUCAAUUGAUACUAAUGAAGACUUAAACUUACAAGAUGAUGAAACAAACUUAGAUGAUGAAACAAUAUCUUCUACGCAAUUAAAAUCUUUAUUCGAUGACUAUGCCGCACGAUUUUCUCUAGAUACUAGUCAUGAAAUUAUUCAUGCAUUAUCAACACUUCAUUGGCCACUUUCUUCAUAUUACUUAUCUCAUUUACCCCAUAAAAUUGUUUCAUUAGUUUAUGAUCGAUUGACUAAAUUUAUAGAAAAACUUGUUUUAACUAGUAAUGUAUUAUCUAAUGAUGAAGUUGUUUUAAUGGAUGAAUGUCUUGAUUUUAUUACAAGAGUAUUUGGAUCAGCGUAUAGCAUGUCUCUAGGCAAUGAAGAAGAGAACGACGAGGAAGAGGACAAUGAUACAAAUGAUGAUAUUAGUAUUCCUGACGAAGCAACAAUUAGUAUACUAGAUAAAUUAUGUGGACAAAUAGCUCCAUUAAAUGAUUCAUUUUUAAAAUUAGUUCAGUCUGCUGGUUGGAAAAUCAUGAAAAAUGAUUUCGAAAUCAUGAGUAAAGUUGUUGGUUUUUUACUUAGACGUCAUAAAAUCAACAUCAUACGUCUAAAGUUUUCCAAAAAUGUGAAUUUAUCAUUGGAAAGACUUACUGAAGAAAAUCAGCAAUUGUUUGAUACAUUUGUUGAAUGCAUCAAUUCAUCGGAAGGUUCUCAUGAUUAUUUAGAAGCUAUAAAUCAACUUGAUUCAAUAUCAUUAAAUGAACGCAGUAAAUUUUUAUUAUUUGAUAGCUUUAAUUUUAUUAUAAACAAUAAUCUUUAUACGGAAGACUUUCGAACAAAAUUUUGUCGUGAUUUUUGGUUAUCCAAAUAUAAACAAAUACUAAAAGAAAUGUUAAUAAAAACAACAGAACAAAUUAAUGAAACUUUUCUACGAUUGAAUGCAAUCAAAUAUUUAAUAACAAAUCUAAUUCAAAUGCAACGAAAAACCGAAAGUAAUUUUAUGUUUUCGAAAGGACAAAUAGAAAAUUUUGCAUUAAAAGACGAAUAUCUACCAAUAAUCAUGAUGUUAUUGCCUUGGUUUUCUAAUUCAUACAUUCUUAAAAAUCUUAUGAAAAAUAAUGAUGAACCUGAGAAAAAAAUAUUUCAACUAAAUAAAAAUUAUUCGAAUAAUACUAAAGACGGUGUUACUAUUCCAUUCGUUACAUGGACAAUAUUAAAAUUAAUUCUAAUGUUUAUUAAUGCAAAUGGAGAUUGUCUUGCUUAUAUAAAACAUGAUAAAAGCGUCAAAGAAAUUUUAUUGAAAUUAUUGAGUCAAAUUAAAGAGUAUACUUCCAUAAAAGUAUAUAUCUAUAAUAUUUUGGGAUUAUUAUUCGACGAAAAAGAUAUUCAAAAUGAACCAAGCAUUACAAAAGAAAUAAUUAUGGCAUUAAUAACUUAUAUACGUAAUAUUCAUGAAGAAGUCAUUGAAGAUAGCCUCUAUUUAACAGAUUUGUUGACUUUAUUGAGAACACUAAAGGCAUAUCUGCAACACGAUCAAUUGAAAAGUGAAUUCAUUCGUCAUCAAGGUUUAGCAUUAUUAAUGGAAAUAGCAAUGAAAAAAUCAAGAUGGAUAGAUUUUGCUCUCGACAUACAAGAAUGCAUAGGUGAAACAGUAGAUAUGGAUGAUUUAUAUAGCAGUAAUGAAUUGCCAGAAGAACUACAAAAAGUAUAUGGAGCUAAUAUAAAAGCGACAGAAGAAGGACAACAAUUGGCAUUAGAAUGUUUUUUUACAAUGUCUUUUGAUGCGGAAGCAGCAUACUUGUUAAAGAACAAUGCACGCUUUAUGACUUAUAUUCAGCAUUUGGCUGAAGGUAAAAUUAAAACAAUGAAUCCUGGUCUGAAAAAAGCUGCAGAUAGUGUUCUUUGGAAAUUGAAAACGGAGAAUGAAUUUAAAAAAACACAACAAGAAACAAUAUCGACCAACAAAAACGAAUUCGAUUUGAUGAUUAGCUAUAGUUGGGGUGAUAAACCAUUAGUGCGUCAAAUAUAUAAAUAUUUAACGGAAAAUUAUAAUUACCGAGUAUGGUUAGAUGAAAAUGAAAUGACUGGUUCAUUAUGCCGAUCUAUGGCACAGAUCAUUGAGAAAUCAAGUGUUAUUCUCAUGUGUAUGUCUGAAACAUAUAAAAAAAGUGAAAAUUGUCGUAAUGAAGCUGAAUAUGCAUGGGAUAGAAAGAAGACAAUUAUUCCAUUAAAAAUGGCACAAGUUGAAUUAGAUGAUUGGCUUGGAUUUAUUGCUGUCGAUAAAAUGUAUAUUGAUUUCGGAAGAUCAAAUUUUGAAAAGAGUAUCAUAUUAUUGAAAGCUGAAAUCGAACGAAAUGAGAUGGACAAGAAGACGACUAAACAAGUCACUAAAGUUGAAACAACAAAUUCUCUUGGAUUACAAAGUACAGUUGCACCUUCACCAUUGAUGUCGAAUCUACUUGUUCGUCCGAACGUUAUCCCUACGGACUAUCAACAAAUUCCUAUUGAAUCAUGGUCUGAACGACAUGUUCGAGAUUUUAUUUUUGAUAAGAAACUGGAUAUAAUGAUUUUAUUAACUGAAAAUAUGAAUGGUAGUGAGCUCUAUGAAUUAUGGGAACUAUGUCGACUACAACAAGAGUGUUGGCCUAUGUUUGACCGUUUGAGUAGAGAGCUCGAACAACAAUACAAACAAACGUUGCCAAUAUCGGUCUAUCUACGAUUUUUGCAUCAAAUACCAAAGCAUUCGAAUAUAUCAUCAACUCUUUAA